AUGUUCAUGAGCACUUACAACAAAUAUUGCGCACACAAACAUGCCAGAACUAUGGAAGAAAAAGUUGCUCUUACCAAUGAGGUAUCCGCCAAUGCAAGAAAUUUCGUUUGGUCUUUGGAGAAGUUGGACGGAUUGAUGCAGUAUCCUAAAGGUAAACACGGUGAUUGCCUAGAGGUCCUUACCUUUAUCAUGGGUAAAUGCUCGGAGAGUUUUGUUGAUCCUAACUCAGAAAUGCAACCAGUAAUUGAAGUGGGACUUGAAAUGAGAACGUCAUUUUCUGCUGAACGUACGUUUGCUUCCCAUCAAAGUCUUGACGACGAGUUCAGCGCUGUGUUUAAAUAUGAACACGUUGUCAGAGAGAAAAAGCGUGCUUGUAGAUUCGAAGGGUGUACAGGCACAGCCACUUGCCAGAAUACUGUAAGCUUACAAGACUUCCCGCCCUUUCUAUUAUUGGGAAAUGCAAGAGAAGCUGGUAUCGCAUUGGAAACGACUAACUUUCCAAGUAUCCUACAAAUAUCCGAAAAACUGAAUUACGAAAUCAAAGGUCGUGUGUACUCGUCUUCGUAUGAUGGCUCCCACUUUUACACCGUUUGCUACAAAACAAUUGGGUGCAUACCCUAUCCUACAAGCAAAAAGUCAGAGACAUCCUGA